UAUCACAAAAAGCUGUUCUUUAAGUACAUUAGCGUUAGACAGAGCGAAACCUUUUCAUUACGAAACAAAUAACAUAAAAAAAAAGCGAGUAUUUUUAAGGAAACUUUUAAGAAGCAUCGUCUCAACUCAAUCAAUAUGGCGCCGCGCAUGAUUUAAAUGUGUGAUGUAAUAGUUACAUCUUAUGAAUUCUUACAUUAAAGAAAAUUUUAGAUUUAGUAAUCCAUUUAAAGUGACAUUUCAAAAUGCCUCUGUCUUUUCCUUGGAGAUCUGCUGUCGGAAAAAUGGUCAUAUGUAAUCUACAACUGUAUCGGGCGUUAUAUUCCGCUCAUGUUAAAAUUCUGAGCUAUUCAUUUUUUCCAGUGCAGCAUCAUCUUACAGACCAUGCAAAGCUUGUACACACAACUAAAGGAUGGAAAGUUAUUGCUGCUACUGGAGAGAAACCGGUUUAUCAAGAAAAAGAACCACUUGCAUGUGAAGAGGGAAAAGGUGCUGUUUUACAUAGUGAUUUAAUAUCUAAACUUCAGAAUUGUAAAUCUGUGUCUUCCCAGAUUCAAACAUUUUGUUCAUUAGUAAGUAUUCCUCCUGAAGAGAUUCAAAACAGAAAGAAUUUUAAGGAGCAUUUGAAUGAAUUAUUUAAGCCUUACUUUCCUCACUGCAAAACUCAUUUGUUUGGUUCUACAAUCAAUGGACUUGGUUUUAAAGGAUGUGAUGUUGAUUUAUGUCUGCAAACAGUUUUUGAUGAUAAGGAUUAUAUUAUUUUGAAAGCUGUGCCAACUUUAGACUCAGUUCUUGAGGGUACAAUACCUCGAGAGGUAGUUGCUUACAUGAAUCCUCCAUACAUGCUUCGUUUUGUACGAAGGAUACUUCGUCGACAUUGUCCUGAUGUUAAAGAACCCAUACUUCUUAUAAAAGCUCGUUGUCCUAUCUUGAGAUUUUAUAAUGCUAAAUAUGAUGUGUUUUGUGAUUUUUCAUGUGAAAAUAAGUUUUCUUUACUUAAUACAAGACUGUUGCACCUUUUACAUCAUUUAGAUGAAAGAUUUGGACCUUUAGCUAAGCUAAUUCGUUAUUGGGGAAAAUAUGGAGGAUUUGUUGGAGAUAUUGAAAGGUUCAAUAGUUAUUCCUUUUCCUUAUUAGUGGUUUAUUUUCUUCAAAAUAUUCAUCUUCCUGUUUUACCUCCUAUUACUGAAAUGAUGGAUAAGUCAGAAUACUUAAGGUCUGGUGAUAUGGAUAAUGAUGAAAUUCUGCAUCAAGAUCUAAAAAAUUUUGAGAGAACAAAAAAUACUCAGUCAGUUGAGGAAUUGCUUAGAGAUUUCUUCUUUUUCUAUAUGAGCUUUGAUUUCUCCAAAGUUAUACAACCAUUAACAGGCUCUUCUUCUAUUCCUCUAACUGAUUUUAUAAAUGAUGCAAGUCAUUCAACAGAAAAAUUUGAACCUGGUACAGUGAGUAUUCAAGAUCCUUUUCGCCAUUCAUUUAAUGCUACAGCAUGUGCCAAUCAUAAGAGCUGCAUAAAAUUUCUUAGUAGUUUGAUAAAAGCUUGCAAAUUGUAUCAAGGUGAAGCUAAAUGGAUACCAAAGAAUGACAACUGGGGUAUCUGUUCUUUGUUUAUACCUCCUGUGUCUGAACGAGAAAUACAAAAAGAAUGGACACAAGAUCGGUUUCACAAAAUUGCAUUGCCUAUAAAGAACCUUGAAGCUAUUUCAAAGGUGAAAGAAAUAAUUCAGUAUGGCUUAUUGUUUGAAUGUACUGACUUCAGAGUCAUAAAUGAAGACUUAACAGCAACAAAUGGAACUUUAAAGACAUUACUCAAAAUGCAUUGUAAAGCUUAUCACAAUACCUGGCAAGGUCGUGAUUGGCACAAAAAAAAGUAUGCAAAUUUGACUACUAAUCUUUUAGAAUUAGAGCAUUCAAUUUCUCUUGAAUUGGCUAAAAAUAAAACUGAAACUCGCCGAAAAAUUCUAUGUGAAUUUCAGUGUGAAUGCAAAAUUAACAAAAAUAAUGAAUCAGUGCUUAUUUUAGAACUCACAUUUAAGGAAGAUAAAUUCCCUCCAAUAGUAGCAAUAUUCCUAAAAGAAUUUAUUCCUCAUAUAUUUUCAAAAGUCAGUGAUCUAGAUUGAUGUAAAUUUUAUUUAAAAUUAUUUAAAUAUGUGUAAAUAUAGUUUCUGUAUGAAAUAAAGACAGUAAUUAAAAAACA